AUGCCUAUAUCUUCUAACCCCUUUUCAGUUGUGUCAGUACCGAAACCCUCCAAAUUCUUCAACAGGAGUGUCUCAUUUGACGACUAUCAACCUGAGAUCAUUGAGCCUGCAGAAUUCCUUAACAUUCAUCCUCCUCCAUAUAGUUCGUCUGGGCCAAAUGCUCACAAUGGUGAUCGAUGUCUUUCAGAGAAUCAUCCGCAUCUGAAAUCAAUUUUGAAGAGGACUUCGGUACAGCCUGUAAGGACCUCUGCUCAGAAGUUAUACGAAAUUCCUGGUACGGGCAUCAGCAAAUCGCUUUUGGAUAUGACCGAUCAGGAAAUCCUUCUUCUAGAUUCCCAGUUCUCUAAAAGACACGUAGAUGUUGAAAAGAACUAUCGGUUUGAUUCUGAUCCUCGCCUCUCUCCAGUUGGAAACCCCUUUGCUGCAAAGAAAGUUUCGAAUAGUGCAUUCAACUUCCUCAACAUGACUGAUUACCCAACUAAACCCAUCAUAAAGAAGAACUCCAUUUGCUUGAAUUUUCGCCAUAGUAAAUAUACCCAGGAGAUCAACAGCAACAAAUUCUAUCUCAUCCUAAUUUCCAAGUACAAGAGUUCUCUUUCAGCUAUAGAUUUUUAUCUUGAGAACUAUAGUAAGGACGGUGAUAACUUGGUCAUUUGCGCCUCUAUUUCGAAUGCUUUCCAAGAGAGCUUGGUCGAGCAAUGCAUUCUUCAAUUAGUCGAUCUUAUUCUUGAUAAGUUUGUUCGCUUCAACAAAAACCUUGCUGUCAAAGUUAACUUUGAAUUCUUCCGCAACAUUAAUUAUAUGGGAGAAACUUUGAAUUUGUACCAGCCAAGUUUGAUAAUUGUGGGCUCUAAAUCUCCCGGCAACAAAUAUACUUCCAUUACGACAACUACUAAAAGCUUUGUGCCCUUGGUUUAUGUCGGUACAAAUUAUAGUGAAAGUCUCACUGCUAGGAACGUAUCCUUCCGUAAGCCACGAUUUUACAGAUCCGCCUCGCCUGCUGCCACAGAUAUUAAUACCCCUUCCUCUCCUGAUCUUAGAUCGCCGCGUAACUUAUCUCCCAUUAAACCCUCACAUAACGAAUCCGAUCAAGGAGAAUAUGACUCUUCCUCAGACUCAGAGAUAUCAUCGUUGGAAAGUGUUGAACAAGGAGGAGCAGAAGAGUCAAAACAGAGACAAAACCUUGAAGAUGAAAAAAAUGUCAAUUUCGAAAACUCAAGUCCAAAACUAUCUGAAGAGAGCUCAGAAAGGAAAAGUAAACCGCCAGCAUUUUUAUUCUUGAAUGCGGUGCCGCAUCUCAAUCAUCUCAGUCGUGCUGAGAGGGAACUACAACCGAGGCCGCCUAUAAUAUCCGGCCAAAAGUCAUCUUCAGCACCGCUUCUUGGGGUUUCAGAUUUGAUGAGAAUAAAAUCAAAUCCCGCCACCAUCGUAACCACUACCACCCCUUCAGUCACUACAUCAUCCACUCACAAAGCUAUACCUAAGCUUAUCAGAACGUCUACUGUCCCUGCUGUAAUUACUCCGGAACUCCUAGAAAAACAUGCCAUGUUUGAAAGGUAUAACAGACGCAUGUCAUCCAUGAAAGUGAAUCCUUACCACGGAAGUGACUACAAUAAGUCUGAAUUUGACUUUUCUGAAUCGCUUUCCCCUUCACGUUCUGACUCUGGAGAUAACCGAAUCAACAGCUCUGACAAGAAGAAAAAUCCUUUAUUGGGGCUGCCGAGAUCCAGAAGUAAGAUCAACCUUUCUGAAUUGGAUACUCUUAGCCCAAACUCUUCUUCUUCAUCUUCUGCUUCUACUGUGUCCGAAAGACGUUCUUCCUCGCCUGUAGGAUUUUUAAGGAAGUUUUGGAAGCACAAAUAA